AUGGACGGCGGCUCCUCCAGCCUCCCCCUCCCCCAACCACCGCCGCCGCAGGUCUACCUCCGCUGCUCCGUGCCACCGCGCCACGGCCCGCCGGUCCAGGCUGCUCCUAGGGUCCAACUGUUCCGCGCCCCUGCACCCAUCCCCAUCUUCUCCUCCAAGCCCCUCGCCGCCGUGAGGGUCCCGAUUCCUCCUCCUGCUGCUGUAGCUGCUGUUGCUUCAGCUCCCGCUCCCGCGUCGGCCACAGCGCUGGCCCCACCUCCGCCGCCGCCUGCGCCGCUCGCCUCCACUGACCAGCCGCCCCAGCAGCAAGCUGGCACGAUGCCCCCGCCUCCGGCUCCAGAACCUGCGGCGAAGAGGGGACCCAAGCCCAAGGCACAGUCGAACGAGCAAAACAGUGGAGAAUAUUCUCAAUCUGAAAACAACAUGGUAGAGACUGUGCAAGGGCAUGAUAAGGAGACUACCCCUGGACCUGUAAAAGCUACCAAGAGGAUAAAAAAACUAAAGGCUUCUAAACACAACUUGGGCACCUCAAAUUCUGGACCAAUUGAAGGAGAUGCUGAUCCUUCUUUAUCUUCAUUAAACCACUGCCGCCAUGACAGCUCACUAAGUCUGCUGACAAAGAAGUUCAUCAACCUGCUUCAAGGAGCUGAAGAUGGGACCCUUGAUUUAAACAAAGCAGCUGAGACAUUGGAGGUGCAAAAGAGGAGGAUGUAUGAUAUAACAAAUGUUCUAGAAGGUGUUCAUUUAAUUGAAAAGGGACUUAAGAAUAUGAUUCGCUGGAAGGGAUUUGACAUGUCGAAGCCUAAGGACAUAGAAUGCCAAAUUUCUUCAUUGAAGGAAGAACUUGAAUCUCUUUAUGAUGAAGAGUUCAGGUUGGAUGACGAAAUAAGGGAAGCAAAAGACAAAAUACAAGCCCUCACCCUAGACGAGGAUAAAAGAAAGUUGUUAUAUCUUUUGAAGGAAGAUAUAAAUAAGAUUCCUCACUUUCAGGGAUCCACUGUUAUCGCUAUAAAUGCUCCUCACGGAACUUGUGUUGAAGUUCCAGACCCUAAUGCGGAUCAGUACAUGUAUGGGAAUCUGGGUUUGCAAGAGAAGCACUACAAAAUUGUCCUGAGAAAUUCAAUGGGUCCUAUUGAUUGCUAUUUGAUAAGUGACCGUCAGGAGAUAUUUAACCCAGACCAGCUGGUGGCAGCAGACAGAUUAGAACCUGCAGUUGGUACUGAUAGUUCUCAAGCUUUGCAGCAGAUGGAUUGUGAUCCAAAUCAGGCACCGGAAAAGGAAUGGAGCAAUGGUGGCUGCAUGCAUACAACAGAACCAUCCAGAAAGCAAGAAAAUGGCAUUCUGAGAAUCGUUCCAUCAGAUUCCGAUGCUGAUGCUGAUUACUGGCUCGCUUCUGGCGUUGAUGCUAGUAUGACAGAUGCAUGGGGCACAUAG